GCAGACCCAAUGCAAAGAUUCAAACACACAACCUGACAUCUCAGUGCCGGCGCGUGGUGAUGACAACCUAGAUGUCAAAUGUGGCUUUUCCUUAGCUAACAUGCUCCUACAAAGGCUGUAAACCUGAAACAAUGGCUUUGAACCACCUGAGUCUGCUGCGACCUCUGCUGUGUCAAUCCCUGGUGCGACAGCUAAGGCCUCCCCUCGUGGCUACCUCCAGGGUCAGCGCACCACCUCUGUACCCCAACACCACCUGCUUACCAGCUGCAUGCACCAGGCUCUAUGCCACCAAGAAGGCAAAAGCCAAGGCAAAGGGCCAGUCAGCUAAGGUGAAUAUUAAUGCGGCUCUGGUGGAAGACAUCAUCAGUCUGGAUGAGGUGGAGAGGGACAUGACAGCUGUUCUCAAUGCACUACAAGAUGAAUUCACACGCAACCUCAGCAUCCGAACCUCGCCAGGAGCUCUGGAUCACAUCAUGGUGGCGACAGAAGAUGGCAAGUUUCCUCUGAACCAGCUGGGACAGGUCUCCAUGAAAUCACCUCAGCUCAUUAUUGUCAACAUGAGCAGCUUCCCGGAGGUUACAUCGGCCGCUGUCCAUGCCCUGAGAGAGAGUAGCAUGAACCUUAACCCAGAGGUGGACGGGAUGAUCAUCAAGGUGCCUGUUCCCAAAAUAACACGGGAACACAGGGAGAACCUCGCCAAGGUGGCCAAACAGUUAAGCAACAAGGGGAAAGACUCGCUGAGGAAAGUGCGAGCUAAUGCUGUCACACAGGUCAAAAGGAUGAGGGAAGGACACUCGGAGGACACCAUACGGCUUGUGGAAAAACAGAUUCAGCAGAUGGCGGACAACUUCGCAGUGGACAUUGACAAACAGCUUGCAGCCAAGACCAAGGAGCUUUUAGGCUGACGGAGAUAAUUCAAGUGAUUAUUUUUGAUACUGUAUUAUUUGGUUCUGGCCGGACCUACAGAUGGACACACAUAACAGAAACAAUAUGUCAUUUUCUUGUAUUUAUAAUAGAUAGUGAUUCAAUCCUCUUGGAGAGGUAGAUUUUGAAUCCCGUUCUCACAGUCUGAAAGCUUCACACGGGCGAACGAGUCUCGGUCCCGUUGCACAUGUUUUGGCAGAAGCUGGGCUUUGGUUCCUGCCCACAUCACUGGCAAAAAUCUGCUCCUCGCUGCUGGGUGAUAUCUGUGUUUAACCGUCAGCGCAUAAACAGAAAUUGGCACGGAAACAACAACAACAACAGCAACAGACUGCCAGUCACCUCCCUCCUCCCUUGUUACUCUUCCUGUCUUCAAACAAACACCGAGCGAGGGACCAAUGGACUUUUAAUGGGAUUUGCGGGCCUCCUCCUAAUCAAACCCCUCACCACAAGGGCUGUCUGUUUAUAUAAAACAAGCGCACCCGUCUGAAUGUAAACUGGCUGCGGGUUUUGUCUUGGUGGCAACAGCGAGAGAGAAAGGGAGAGGGUUUGUUCCAGAGAGGCAGGAUAUGAUUAGCAUGUUGCCAAACAUUUGUUUUACAUUGAUUCAAAGUUAAAAAAAAAAUACACUUGAGUACAAAAAGCUUUUAAUUUCUGCCCAUGUUUAGGAUUGAUAAUCUGGCUACUCUCGACAAUAAAGUUGGGAAAGUAACAUUA